GCGCUUGUCAUCCACUCCACUCCCGCGUCGGCGCCGGCGAUGCCCCUCCUACUCUCCUCGCCGCCGACCGUUUCCGUCCCACUUUCUUUCUCCGCCGCGACCGGGACCAGGCCAACGGCCGCGCGUUGCUCCUCCUCCUCCUCCUCCUCUUCCUCUUCUUUUCCCAGGCUCUCUUCUGCCGUCCAGUUCGAGUCCUGGAAGCAAACCACGGUUGACGGAGACGACUUCCCGGAGGAGGAGGAGGAGAAGGGGAGGAAGGCCAUCCCCGGAAUCCACGUCCCCCGCCAGCGCUACAUCGCCGUCUCCAAGCCCGCCCUCCUCGACGCCCUGCUCUCCCUCUUCCCCUCCCAACCUCCCGCCGCCGCCGCAGAUUUCAACCGCUUUGCAAGAUGCCUGGACGCCCUCCUCCACGCGGAGCACAAGCAGAUGCUCGAGGAAAUGCGCACCUACUACAUGCUCACGCACCACCAACCUGACGACGCCCAAGACCAACCCCUCCUCAACGCCAGCCCCUCCGAUACUGAGAAUGGUUUUCUUGGCAUUACCAAACACAACGGGACCUUGCUUCUUACCAGAAGCCUGGGUCUCAGAACCCUCUUAGGACUAUCCCCAGACCCUGAUUCACACAACAGAGUUGCUUUUGCAACCCAUUUCCAGCGCUCCUUCAUGAACCUUCUGCGCAACGCUCAGUUUGAAGAGCUCUCUGCGCAAGAUCUUCUCUUGACAUACGCCCUUAACAGCGAUUACCUCCUCACGUUGCCGAUCUAUGUCGAUUGGAAAAAGGCAGCUCAAUCCAAUGCGAUAAUAUUCAGGCGUGGCUAUGCAACAGAGAGACAGAAGGGCCUACUCUUGGUUGAAAAGCUCGACUACCUACAGUCCAAACUCUUGCAAAAUAUCUUCUUUGGACUCUCCAGACCCUUGAGGAAACUGGGGAAAUGGCUCGAUGAGGCAUUGAAAAGAUCAACAGGGAAUGAGGGAAUUCAGGUCUGGAUUGAAAAACUUAAGGUCUGGCUUAAAGAGCAAACCUAUGCGGAGAAUUCACUUUUGUUGAUUGACACCUCUUCAUGGGAUAAACUUAGAUCUGAUCAAUUACCGGAUGCCGAUCUUCCUAUUUGGAUUGCUGCUCAAAGGGCAGUCUCUCGAUAUGAAGGAAUCCUGUCACCAGUUGGUCCUCGUGGCAGACUUCUAAGAAGAUUGCUUACAUGGACUGGUUUAAUCCCUUCUCUGCCAGAAGCAACAAUAAAAUCUGACAUUGACACAAAAGACCUUGAAGGCUAUGUGAGGCCAAAUUUUCUGCCAAGAAUUACACUCGCAAAUAUAUGGGAGCCAGCAAGCAGAGAAUCUUGUGACAACAAUCUCUGGGAGAUAACGAAAGCAUCUUUCCGUAUUUUAUUUGGGAAGUCUACUCUUCAGGAACCAGCAUUCCAAGAACUGAUCCUACUUUAUACCGAUGAGGCUGAUCACAGCAAAGAAAGAGAAAAUUCAGACAUGAUGCCAUUGCAGCUGAAGAUUUUUGAGAGGAUCCCCAUCCCUGAUCUGCCAGUGGUUUUUCCUCACAAGAAGCUGUCCUUCCGCAUCCUAGAUACGGUAAGGCUAGAUAUUGCUACUGUAAUAGGUUUGUUGGCUUAUGUCGUCAACUACAAAUUCGAGAGUUUAGCCUCAUCUCCAUCAGCUAUUCUUCUUGAUAUAGUUGCCUUUACUGCACUAGCAAUACUUGUGUUCCGUGUGGCACUGGGUUACAAACAAACCAGAGAUAGAUACCAGCUUCUGGUCAAUAAAACACUCUAUGAGAAAACAUUAGCAAGCGGGUUUGGUUCAGUUUACUUUCUUCUUGAUGCUUCUGAGCAACAACAGUAUAAAGAAGCGCUUUUGGCAUAUGCUAUGUUACUAUGCAGAAAAAAGUAUCAGGUGUCAUCUCGUGUAAGCAUCAGAGAUGCUUGUGAGCAGUUUAUGUAUGAGAAAUUUAAGGCGAAGAUCGAAAUGCCUAUUGACAAAGCUAUGGAGACGCUGUUGCGGCUGGGGCUGGUUAUUGAGCUGCCAACUGACGGCGUCUCCCGUGUGAUCGCUCUUCCAUGUUCAGACGCAUACGAGAUCCUGAAAAGCCGCUGGGAUAGCUUGUUGGAACACAAGCCGGAACAAGGCUGACGAAGGCUGUAAAUUAAUCAGCUUUUAUAGAAGGAAGUCGUUUUCAAGUGGGGCUGCAUUUACUCCAACAUCUCUUUGGGUUGUUCAGUGGAGAAGUUGAAGGAAGAGGUUCCAGCCUUCAGCUUGUAUAUAUAUACUCUACCAAAGUAGUAGCUGUUCAUAAAGAAUAUAUCAAACAAAAUGUAAUUAUGAGGUGUUGCCCAUGAAAUGGAUGAUUUGAAUCACCAGGAUGUGUGAAGAGUGGGCCAAAUGUAUACAGCCGCCAUCCAGCUAGUGAUUAGGAGAUGGUGGUAUCCUCAUGUGUAAAUGAUACAUCCUGAAUCCCAUAAUAUAAGUGAUUUCGUCGUCCAAUUUUGUUCCAAGACGAGGGAUCUUAUGAACCUUACU